AUGGGUCAAUUUGGUGAAUCUUCAAGAAACAACGAAGCACAUGGAGCAGCUCCUCAUGUUAUUGCUGAUGAAGUCAAGCUCCUUCAGUUCCACUGCGUUACUGUCAUGGACAACACGAUUCCUCGAAUCCCAAAAGCCUGCCAGAAAUCUGGGAGACCUCUCAAGUCCAUUUCUGAAAGAUUGAAAGCAAAAGAAGGAAGAGUUCGAGGAAAUCUGAUGGGGAAACGAGUCGACUUUUCUGCACGAACUGUGAUCACUGGAGACCCAAAUUUAAACGUGAACCAAGUUGGAAUUCCAAGAACGAUUGCGUCCAAUCUAACCUAUCCGGAGAUCGUUACUGCGUUUAACAUUGACUACUUGCAGGAGCUUGUCAACCGGGGUGCAAAUCAGUAUCCAGGGGCCAAAUACGUGAUCAGAGACACAGGAGAGCGAAUCGAUCUGCGAUACCACCCAAAGCCAUCUGAUCUGCAGCUUCAAAUAGGCUACCAAGUUGAGCGACAUCUUCGAGACAAUGACGUCGUCGUUUUCAACCGACAGCCAACACUGCACAAGAUGUCAAUGAUGGGCCAUUUAGUCAAGGUUCUUCCCUGGUCGACUUUUCGAAUGAACUUAUCUGUUACCUCUCCGUAUAAUGCAGAUUUUGAUGGAGACGAAAUGAAUCUUCAUGUGCCGCAGUCGAUGGAGACACGAGCUGAAAUCUUGCAAUUGGCGCUUGUGCCGCGGAUGGUGGUCACUCCGCAAUCAAACAGGCAAUGGUUAUGUUUCUAG